UGACUGAAAAAUUUGUUCUUUCGUUCGUACGUGCUCGUGGUGAGUGGAAGCUCUGUGUGUGACUCCUUUGACUGUGGAAAAAAAAAAUUGUGUGGUGGUUCCUGGUGACUCCAUUUUUGCAUCCCACAAUCUCACCAAGAGUUGAAAAAGAACAGUGAAACCCGAGUGAGGAAAUCUCCCUGAAGAUGGGCAAAGAAAAGAUUCAUAUUAACAUCGUCGUGAUUGGUCAUGUGGACUCUGGUAAGUCCACAACCACUGGCCAUUUGAUCUACAAGUGCGGAGGCAUCGACAAGCGUACCAUCGAGAAGUUUGAGAAAGAGGCUCAGGAAAUGGGCAAGGGAUCCUUCAAGUACGCCUGGGUACUGGAUAAGCUGAAGGCUGAGCGUGAGCGUGGUAUCACCAUAGACAUUGCUCUAUGGAAAUUUGAGACGGCCAAGUACUACAUCACCAUCAUUGAUGCUCCUGGCCACAGGGAUUUCAUCAAGAACAUGAUUACUGGGACUUCUCAAGCUGACUGUGCUGUACUGAUUGUAGCAGCUGGUACUGGAGAGUUCGAGGCAGGAAUCUCCAAGAAUGGGCAGACUCGCGAGCAUGCUCUAUUGGCUUUCACCUUGGGCGUGAAACAGUUGAUUGUGGGCGUCAAUAAGAUGGAUUCAACUGAGCCGCCCUACCACGAAGCUCGCUAUGAAGAAAUCAAGAAGGAGGUGUCUUCGUACAUCAAGAAGAUCGGCUACAAUCCUGCUGCUGUAGCCUUUGUGCCCAUUAGUGGAUGGCAUGGGGACAAUAUGCUGGAAGUGAGCGAGAAGAUGCCCUGGUUCAAGGGAUGGUCCAUUGACCGCAAAGAGGGAAAAGUCGAAGGACGCACUCUCAUUGAUGCUCUCGAUGCAAUCUUACCACCAUCUCGACCCACAGACAAACCCUUGCGACUUCCACUUCAGGAUGUCUACAAGAUUGGCGGCAUCGGAACCGUUCCAGUGGGCCGUGUGGAAACUGGCAUCCUCAAGCCAGGAAUGGUCGUGGUGUUUGCUCCUGUGAAUCUCACGACUGAGGUGAAGUCCGUUGAGAUGCAUCAUGAAGCUCUGGCCGAAGCCAUGCCAGGUGACAAUGUUGGCUUCAACGUGAAGAACGUGUCAGUGAAGGAGCUUCGUCGCGGAUAUGUGGCUGGGGACUCCAAGAAUCAGCCUCCCAAGGCUGCUGCUGAUUUUACUGCUCAGGUGAUUGUCCUCAAUCAUCCUGGUCAGAUUGCUGAUGGCUAUACUCCUGUGCUGGAUUGCCAUACGGCUCAUAUUGCGUGCAAAUUUGCUGAAAUCAAGGAAAAAUGCGAUCGUCGUUCUGGCAAAACCACCGAAGUCAAUCCCAAGGCCAUAAAAUCCGGUGAUGCUGCAAUUGUGAAUUUGGUGCCAACGAAGCCCCUGUGCGUGGAGAGUUUCUCUGAAUUUCCGCCAUUGGGGCGCUUCGCGGUGCGCGAUAUGCGUCAAACGGUUGCAGUGGGUGUGAUAAAGUCGGUGAAUUUCAAAGAAUCCACCACUGGUAAAGUCACAAAGGCCGCCGAGAAGGCCCAAAAGAAGAAAUAACUAGAGGGCCCCUCAAUCAUCAAUGCAACUACUACCACACUCAACAAAUACUCAAGCAACAACAACAACAACAACAAACAAUUAUUAGAUAAUAUUGCUGCUAUUGUCUCUCAAGCCAUCAUCUUCUACAUCUACUUGACCGUUGCAUCAUUCGCAAGUGUCCAUGGGGAUGAUGAUAAAUGCACUGGAAAGUCCACAAUCCUCACACUCUUACAUUCCUCCCACAUCUAUCGGCACCACCGGAAGGCAUUUCGUAGGAAAAGCCCCAUUUACCAUCCCCAGAAUCAACAUUUCAUUCCACAUUCUUCCAAUUUUUUUCCUCAUCGUUGUCUUGCUCCUGCUGCUCCCUAUUCUUCAGCAUCCAUCACUAGAAUAUCCUCAUUCGCUUGUGCCAUGACAUUCCCAUGCUAACCCCAGAAAUAUUCCUCUUGAACUCUUCCUUCUUCCUUCCUUUUUUAAACAAAAAAAAAUGAAGAAAUCUCCCAUGGGAACUUCAACUGAAAAACAUGAUUCCUCUCCCCCUGGACAUUUCCUUGAAGACUGAGAUUUCGUGCAUGGAGCAAUCUUAUCCUAGUUUCGCUUCACAAUUCACUUACGUCUUUUCCCAGAGCAAUAAAAAACAUUUGGAGGAAAAUGCAUUUAAUUAAAAAAUCCCUCUCAAAAAAAA